UUCUUGUUCUUGUUCUUGUCGUGCAGUUCACCAUUUCUCAUUGAUGUUUCCGCUUCCAAAGAAAGGCAUUUCCUUUUCCUCAUGCGUAUGUAGUUCUGCACUUGUACUAGGAAACAGAGGCAGUUUGUAGUGGGAGAUUAUUGUUUUUGUUCGUACCAGAUUAUUUCAUUUUCUAUCUACCAUAUGAUAAUUUUGAUAGUUGCAGCUGUUCUAUUGCGAGCGCUCGGAGCUGCUUCUGUUGUUGUGCCAAGUACAGGCUGCUAUGUUCUUGACAAUUCCAGUUAUAUUUAUGAUUUUAGUGGAUGGAUUGGACGCCCUUUUGAAUACGAUGGAGGGAAUACUGACACUGUGGUACGGUUUUGUAAAGAUGUGCAAUCUAGAUCUCAAAAGGGGUAUGUGGAUUUUGGUAGAUAUGAUAAGUUCAACUAUUUCGUUGCUGGAUCAGGAAAUGUCAGCUUUGUGCAAGAAUAUUUCAAUGGCGACCUGUUGAAUUGUGAGAUGACUUUUGAUAAGAUGGGCCGCACAGCUCAGGUGAACAUCAUAUGUGGAAACUGCGCAAAUACACAAUGCAAAGGUGGAGUUGGAUGUGUAUGCAGCGUCUCUUAUGAGUCUACCUGCAGAGUUGUGGUAGAACUUGCCAUUCCAUGUGGGGAACCACGUGAGCGAGUAUUUGAAGGUUUCACAGUUGGUUUUUUACCAAGAACAUCGGAAAUUGUUCACAAUGGCAUGACUCAAUUCGGGUUUGAAAAAGCUUACAAGGAAUUCAGCUUCAGCACUGAACAAACUCAUGUAGACCUUUAUGCGACUGCAGUUGCCUCGCUUUCCAGUUUAGUGCAAAAAGCAUCGGUUAAGGUCUAUCCAGAGCAAGGUUUAAAGGUUACAUUGUCAGAAUCCACAGCAAAUGGAGUAUCACCAACGACUUUGUCGCCAACAAUCUUAGCCAUCGACUGGAGAUGUGAAACUGCUCGUGAUACCCCAUAUGAAGUAGAGGUUACCAUUCCAAUAACAAACUACGACCCUGUUCAAUUUACCCUUUCAAAAAUGUGUGAAAGUAGUGAGAGUGAAAGCGGAGAUGCUUCGAGGGGAUGGGCAAUAUUUGGAGUGAUAUCUUGCGUGUUCAUUGUUUCCUCGACGCUAUGCUGCUGUGGAGCGUUUAUUUACAAGACACGAGUUCAAAAUCAGUAUGGGCGCAAUGCCUUGCCUGGAAUGACGAUUUUAUCUACAUGUUUGGAAACCUUGAGUGGAGGAUACCACAGAUACAGAGGACCAGAGGAUUCCAACGGCCCUCUUGUGAACCAAGAUUCAUGGGAGCGCCAACCUCCUGCUGCUCAAGGAACCUGGACAACUACUGAAACAACAUACGGGUCAUUUUGAUUUUUGAAUCGAGCCUAAUCUUUUUGUGACUUUUAAGAUUGCAGUGUUUCAAACCAUUCAUGUGUGGAAAGGGUUUUAAACUUUUGGUCAAUGCACUUUUACUCUUCCCAGUUUCAAA